CUCGCUACAACUAACCACGCGGCCUUUGGUCACAACUGUCACAAGCCACAACACAACGCCACGCCAGGCGCGCCAAACAAAAACUUAGGAAAUUAACCGUUUUUAACUCGGAAGUGCAUCUAUCAACCAUGAAGGUUCUGCUGUGUUUUGUGGCGAUCCUGGUGGGCUUGGCGCAUGCAGACAUGGGCGGCGAGUGCGACCUGGCCAUGUUCUACUUGGAGCUGGGCUGCACGGCGACACCGCGCGCCAACGACUCCGCAGGAUGCCCGCAAGUCUUCACCUGCCCCGAUCUACAUCCUGACCCCACCAAGUGCUACUACAGAGGUGUGUCAUAUUCUAACAACGACGUGCUGCCCCAGAACCUGAUAAAGAACCCAUGCUCGCAGCGCUGCACGUGCCAGGUGUCGGACGAGCCCCGCUUCGAGUGCGCGGCCGUCGACUGCGUCGAAAGCUUUGACUCCGACCUGCAGCAGUGCGUGGCCACCUUUGAGCUGGACUCCUGCUGCAGUGUGGACAACGUGUGCGGUAAAGACGCCAUCGCCAAGCUAGCGACCUGCGAAAUCGACGGCAAGACGUAUCGUGAGGGGGAGUCCUUCGAGCCUAAGGACUCCAUGAAGAGCUGCGUGUGCACGCCUCAGUGGAACGGGACCGUCAGCCCCGCCUACUGCCGCGACAUCAACUGCGGCGUUGAAAUACACUAUCAGAAGAACCUUCUGGACAAUUGCGCUCCGAUCUUCUUCAAAAACUCACGCAGUUGCCCAAUCGGUUUUAAAUGCCCCGCAUCGGACACUAAAGUCGUCCGUGGACUAAACCUGAAGGCGGUGAGCGCGCAGUGCCAAUUUGGGAACGAGACGCUCUCCGUCGGCGACGAGGUAACCGUGGGCGAGAAGUGCACGCGCUGCGCAUGCGAGGUGCCUCCCUUCGUCUCUUGCACCCAGCAAAGCACCUGCAGCUAAUUCAACACGACUCACCAA